AAUAAAAUCUGUGAAUAAAAAUGAAAUUUGGUCAGACUUUAGAGCGGCAUUUGGUCAAUGAAUGGCGCGAGCAAUAUGUGAAUUAUGAGCUGCUCAAAGAAAUGAUCAAAAUGGGCGUAGAUGAAGCACCCGAUUUCCACGAUUAUCCCUUGGUUUUGCUCCACGAAUAUUAUGAGAGGGUCAACUACGAAUUUUUCGCCGCCUGCGCCACUGAGAUAGUCAAGGUGCAGCUAUUCUUUGAGGAAAAACUGGCAGCGUCCCACCGCAAGCAGGAGUCAUUCAGGGCCACUCUGGCGGAUGUCCGUGAGGCAGGUGGCGCAGGUGGCGCAGGCAGGCAGUUCCAUAUGCGUUAUCCCACCCUGUUGCCAACACAGCCGCAAAGCAUACCACAGCUGCGCAAUGCCUACAGUGAGUUCUACUUGAGUUUGAUUCUACUGCAAAACUAUCAGACGCUCAAUCAAACGGCGUUCCGUAAGAUAUGCAAAAAGUAUGACAAGAAUUUUCGCUCCUCGGAGGGACAAUUGUGGUACAAAACCGUGGUGGAGAGAUCGCCAUUCACGGACCAAAAUGAUCUCAGAAAUCUCAUGAACGAAGUGGAGGAGCUGUACACCCAGUACCUGACCCAAGGAGAUCGUUCCAAGGCCAUGACAAAGCUGCGAGUUCCGCCCCUGGGGCAACCCCCAAAUCCUUGCAGGGUGUUCUUUGCUGGUCUCUUUUUGGGUCUGUUCUUUGUGGCUGCCAUCAUGGCAGGCAUAUCAUACUUUUUCUUGGAUGUAGAUGCCACAUUUCGUGUGCUCUUUGCCCAUCUCUAUCGUGGCCCAUUUAUCUUUAUUUGCUAUUACUUUCUGGUGGCUAUGAACCUUUUUAUCUGGCAACAUGUUGGCAUCAAUUAUGUCUUGAUUUUCGAGCUAAAUCCCCGGAAACAUUUGACACCCACAGCUGUGCUACAGAUUGCCAGCACUUUGGCCUCUGGUUGGAUGCUCUGCGCAUUGGCAUUUCUGCAUCAUGAAAUCAUUGAGGUGGCAAAACCCUAUUAUUUUCCACUGAUCUGGCUGGGCAUGGUGCUUCUGUUGGUCCUGAAUCCGUUUCCCAUUUUGGAAUAUUCGGCGCGAAAGUGGCUCCUCGCGUGUUUGAUCCGAAUUCUGGCUGCUCCUUUUCUCUAUGUGACCUUUGCUGACUUUUGGCUGUGCGAACAAAUGACUUCGCUGACCCUUUGCCUCGUGGAUCACUAUAUGCUGUGUCGUUUCUGCGUUCGCUACUAUGCCAAUCUGGGCAAUCACUUUGACUUUGAGCCCGAUUUUGGUGUGGCACUGCUGCGGAUGCUGCCUGCCUGGCUGCGGGUCUGUCAAUGUUUGCGAAGGUAUCGUGAGGGCACUUCCAAAUCCUUUUGGUAUGGUCUCAAUGCCCUCAAGUACAGUCUAACUAUAGUUAUGGUUGCAUUUUCCACCAUACAAAUGCAAACAAAUGCAAAGUACCAAAGUUUUUUCGAUAAUCCCUGGACCUAUGGCUAUAUUAUUAGUGCCUUUUGCUGUACCAUUUAUCAAUCGUAUUGGGAUUUGCGCAAUGAUUUUGGUUUAUUUGAUUCGGAACACAAGCCGCUGCGUGAGAAACUUGUUUAUCGAAAGGUAUACUAGAAAAUAUACAAAGCACAGCACAGCACAGAGAGCUCGCAAAUAAUCGACACAAAAUAAUUUAC